UCUGCCCCCCUGGCCCCUACACCUACUCUUCCUCUUCCCUUUAUACUUCUACUUCACUCUCUCUCUCUCUCUCAAUACAAACAAGAAACCCAGCACAGAACCAACUCUUCUUCUUCUCUACAAACAACAAAAGAUGGUUUUUGGAUGAUGAAUAGGUGGUGAAUAAAGUUGUGAAGAUUGCUUUUGCUGUGUUUUUGGGAAGAUGGGUUCAUGUGUUUCGCUUCACAAAGACCACCCUGACUCCGCCAUCAACCUCCGUUUAUCUCUGCACUCUAAGAAUGACGACGUCUUGAUCCCUUCGCCGCACAAAGACCAGAAACCCAAUAACCUCAACGCCGCUGAUCCUAUCCAUGCUCACUUGCCAUUCAACUCUCCACGCUCACCUCCUCGUUUUCCCCACCCUGCCCCUGGUAGCAAGGAUGAAUCAUUCUUUGAUUCUCAACCUUGGUUGGAGUCUGAUUGUGAAGAUGACUUCUUAAGUGUUAAUGGUGAUUUUACCCCAUCUCGUGGAAGUACUCCUGUCCACCACAAAUUCUCUUCAGGAAAUCCACCAGCAAAUAAGGCCCCUGCUAUUGAAGAGACACUCAACGCUGUACCCGAACCAUCUCCUCUGGAUAAGAAAAAGAGACUCUCCGAACUGUUUAAAGAGAGCUUACGCCACCCGUAUGAAGAUGAGGUUCCCGACAAGGUGAAAGCUGAAGCAACCAAUCCAGUCCAAGCCAAAUCCACAGACGGAACCCCUCGUUUCUUUGGACUCAACUCCGGAGGUAGUAGUGAAAGAACUCCCAACGGAGUGCUGCUCAAAGCAGACGAUAAACCAUUGAAGUCUGCACAAUGUUGCCUUCCGAGGUUGCUUCCAACUCGUAGCUUCAGUGAAAGGAAAAAGAAGAUGAGCCCUGCUCAAAGAUAGAUGGCCUCUUUCAAAAUUUUGAGACAAUGUACAUGGUGAGAGUUGAACUGAAACUCUUCGCUCUUCAGAUAUUCAGUUCACUCAGUUAUAGACGUGGAUGAAGAAUUACGUACAUAUAUUAUAUAGCAAUUCUGCCAUCUUCCCCAACGUAAAA